UAUUACAUAAAAAAAAACUGUCUAAAAAUUUGAAAACAGUCUCCACUUUUAUAGAGUUAACGGAUGAAAAACUUUUACCACAAUGUAUAUAUUGCUCCUCGUUCACAGGGGAUCUUAUAGUUGGAGUUCUAAUAAGUACAAAUUCUAUUGUGUUAUACAACCUUAUAAAUCGGUACAAUCAGAGUGGACAACUCACACAAACAAUACAAUACGACAACAAAGGAAUAAAACUUUUUCGACGACCACGUUGUAUAACAGAAAACAACAAUGGGGAUAUCGUAGUGUCUGACUGGACAGCUGUAGUGGUGAACGAGCGUGGAGGAAGACAUCGUUUUACCCACAACGAAUCUCAAUCCAUAUAUAAUAUAUUUCUGCCAAAUGGAAUAUGUACAGACGCACUGUCGCAUAUCCUGGUAUGUGAGGAAUUCUCAAAUACAGUUCAAAUGAUAGACAGGGACGGUCAGUUCUUGUCAUAUCUUCUGAUACGACCAUCGGGGAUAUUUUAUCCACGAAGCUUGAGUUACGAUGUAAACACUCACCGUCUCUGGGUAGGGUCAGAGUACUAUAACAAGGUUUGCUGCUUCAGAUAUAUGACCCAAAAGGUUGCAUGUAUAGAUCUUAAUCAAUGCAUUUAUGAUGUGAGGGAGUCCAUAACUAAUAUUGUAAUAACAGGAAAAAGACAAAAUGAGAGUCCGAUGAGACUGAUGUCUUCACCUAAGUUACUUCAAUCUGUCAGAGUGGCCCACAUGUGUUGCGAUCACAUUGCAUGCGUAACAUCAGAUCGAAUAUGGGCCAGUGGUAGAGACAAGCUUUUAUUGAUAAACACGAACGGUGAACCUCUUCAUUAUCGAGAGGAUUUAUUUAAUGAUGAAAAUGUGGGAACAUACAGUGCAAGACACACAGUUAAUAGUGACAAUGGACUGUCUUAUAUACACAGAAAUAAUAACAUCCACAGGCUAUCUCAGGAAAAGAAAAGCACGAUAUUCAUAAACAAGGGACAUUUUUGGAAGCAUUGGUGUAAUUUCUGGUCAACGAUUACCAAUGAUCUAUUGGUCGGGAUGUAUCGAGAGGAAACAUGGACAGGCGUUGUUUUUCGGUAUAACCAGACCGGACAGCUGACACAAACAGUGCAACACGACAGCACAGGACUAGAGCUAUAUUGUAUGCCCAAUUAUAUAACAGAAAACAACAAUGGGGAUAUCAUUGUGUCUGAAUUUCACCGGGCUGGUGCUGUAGUAGUGACAGACCGUGAAGGAAAACAUCGCUUCACCUACCCAAAACAUCCGCAAGAAUUUACAUUUAGGUCACUUGGAAUCUGUACCGACGCGAUGUCGCACAUCCUAGUGUGUGAUUCCUUUCCUGGAUCCAUACAUAUUUUACAUAAAGACGGUCAAUUCUUGUCCCUGCUCAACAUAGAAAUUUCUUUUUUUGACAGUCCAACCAGCCUUAGUUAUGGUGUUAAAUCAAAUUGUCUUUGGGUUGGAUCUAAAGACAAUCAUACGGUGUCUGCUUAUAGAUAUAUAUAUCAACAUAAUGCACUUACCGGAAAAAUUCCCCAAUGUCCUAAAGAAAAUGAAUUAUCAUGCUCAAGACUUGUGUGAGAAGGGAGAUAGUUUUGGCUUUGACAAGAGGUAUUGUUUAUACUAAAAAUGUCUAACCAAAAAACCAUUCACUAUUUUUGACCUUUUGUCAACAUUUAGAGUUCAACAAGACCUCAGUGCAAAUAAAUUUGAAAUGAAUUUGUUAUAUUGUAAACAAUGUUGUCUACUUUAGAUUGAUAAAAAAAAGGUUUUUAAUGAAAUUAAUGUAUCAAAAUCUGUUAUAUCUUGGUAAAAAAGCUAGUACAUGUAUGUGAUUUUCUAUGUAUGAGUAAAGGCGAA